AUGUCUCAAGAUCAACAAGAUCCUCCUACAAUAUUACCACAUGAUCAAACAAGUGAAGGAAUUAAUAAUAAUAAUGAAGUGCAGCAGCCUAGACGGGUUCGUUUCACAAUUAUUCGACUGCAGCUGUACGCCCAAUCGGUAUCGGUUCUUGAUGAAGUUGAUGAUCAUGAAGAAAAUUAUAAUGAAUUUUUGGAUCAUGACAAUGACGAUGAUGAUGACGUGUCUGAGUAUUUGAAAACAAGAAUUUAUAAUACUCCAACUAAGGAUAUAGGUGAUGAUGUUGUUGUUGAGGAACAAGAAGCAUGUUCUAUUUGUUUAGUUGAAUAUAGAGAUAAUGAAGAUAAUAUUGGUACACUUAAAUGUGGCCAUGAAUUUCAUCUUGAAUGCAUCAAGAAGUGGUUGAUGAGGAAGAAAACAUGUCCCUUUUGUAGAGCUCUAGUUUUGCCCACAUAUGACUAUAUAGAUUGA